GCAAACCGCCCAUCACAACCCGUUCUCAAGACCCACAAUGCCACCACGGGCAGCCCUCAGUUGGGGCUCAUUGCCCCUCUCACCAUCAGCAACACGCUCGCUCAUCCCCCUCGCCCAACAAAAUGCCGCCACACCAGCAGUUUCCUACACAUCCACCCGCGGCAUCAAAUCCACAUUCGGCCCCAAGCCAGACCGCUUUGCGCACCACCCCAACAAGCCCGCCCUCAAUUCCACAUCGACAGCGGCAUUAGAGCGAAAAGCGCACUCCACACCGCUCCGCACUGGUCUCCUGGCCCUCAAGCGCGGCAUGACCGCCCUUUACGACCCAGAGACAGGGAAGCGCACGCCCUGCACCGUUCUGCAAAUCGAUCGCAACGAAGUCGUCGCGCACAAGACGAGGGAGAAGAACGGGUACUGGGCUGUGCAGAUUGGCGCGGGGCAGAAGGAGCCUAGGAACGUCACAAGGCCGCUGUUAGGGCAUUUUGCCCAGGCGGGUGUGAGCCCGAAGAGGCAUUUGGCAGAGUUUAAGGUCAAAGAUGGGAGUGGGCUGGGAGUUAGUGUGGGCGAGAGUGUGGGCGCGAAUUGGUUUGCGCUGGGGCAGUGGGUGGAUGUUAGGGGUAUUUCGAGGGGUAUGGGCUUCGCUGGUGGUAUGAAACGCCACGGCUUCGGCGGUCAACCCGCAUCUCACGGUAACUCGCUCACCCACCGCGCCAUGGGUUCCGCCGGAGGAUCGCAAGGAUCCGGUUCGCGUGUGCUGCCCGGAAAGCGCAUGGCUGGAAACAUGGGAAAUGAGAGCGUCACAAUCAAGAACCUGAAGGUUCUGCAGGUUGACGAGAAGAACGGAUUGAUUGUGGUCACUGGCUGUGUUCCAGGGCCUAAGAACCAGAUUUUGAAGGUGCAGGAUGCGCUGGGGAAACCCUGGCCGAAGGGUCCCAUGAGCAAUGCGGAGCUGGCGCCGGUUGUGGAGGCUGCUGAGCCGGUUGAGGCUGCCGCGGCGACAGCAUAGGUGUGCUUUAGGAAAGAGGGAGGUAGAAGAAAGAGACUUGUAACAUACAACCGCCAUCUUUAGGCGUUCUGGCUGCAAGGGCAGCAGCAAAGCAUGCAUUGGGCGGAGCAAAUGUUGUAUAGAUCUAUGUAUAACAUGUAAGAGCUAUGAAGCGGACUUCAAGCAAGUCUCACAAACGGGAUUGAA